CAUAUAUCUCCACAAGGUUUAGAGCAAUACAACAUUAAACCCGAUAUAUAGAAAAUGGCAACAUUCAAAGUCUCCACAUUUAAAAAUGUACUUGCCCUGCAAGUACAGGACACUUCUAGAAGGGUUAGUGGCAAUUUGAUGGUCUGGGAAUCCCAAAAAGGUGAUUCUUGUUUUUCUUCAAUUUAUAAGUUAACCAGGCCUCUUGGCCUUACCAAUUAUGUUAGUGCCUGUGGCCAUUCAUGCGCAAAACUGGUUAUGUUUCUCCUUGGAAGGAGUUAAACUGGAGACGUUCACUGCAGAAUUAGUGGCAUCUAAAUUUAAUACAUGUCAUUCCAUGUCAAGUGGUCUGAUUUCAGUAAACUGCCCUGCUCAACCUGGCAGUUCCAGUUCCAUUGCAAUUCCAGGAGUCCGUGGGUCAUUAAUUGAGGACCUCAUGUGAUUUUGAUGUGGGAAGAAGUAGGAGUCCCAGGCAUGGUAUGGGCAAGUGGGUGGUCUCCAGGCCUGCUCCUUUCUGGGCCUAGGAGAGGAAUUGAGCGCCAACUGCUAAAGCUCAAGACUCCUUAGAUCCGCUUUCAACAAACUAGCACCUUCCAAAUGUUUUUCACAAGCUGCCUGGGUAACCACAAGACUUAUCAGCUAUUACGAUGCAGCACCUGGCUAAUCUUGUGAAGGUAAGUAGGGUGAAGCUUCCCUCUUCAAGCUUCCCUCGGUUGUAAAGGUUGUUUUGGAAAGUUACCAUCAGGUGCAUGGUGAGUUUAAGACAGGUCCGGUGGAGAAGCUGGGAGCAAGUAGGGCAGUUUUAUUCUCUCCACACUGUAAAAACUAUUCCUGUGUUCUGUGGGAGUCAAAUUCGACUUGAUGGCACAGAAGGAAGCACAGAAUUAAUGUAAGCAUUUUGCAAACGCUUUAGAGUGGAAAUAGAAGGAGCGUGUUUUUCAGCCUUAUGACACUAGAUGGCGCUCUACCAACCAGCGACACUCGUGCCUAGAAAGCAGUGAAUACAGUACAGUAGUGGCAUUGCUGCUCUACUGGGGAGCUGAACGAGUUGAAAUGAUAGAGAAUUGUACUGCUAGAGAGGAUGUAAAGAAGAGAAGGACAGAAGAACUUCCUCUUCCGGUUCACUCACGGGAGGUUGAUGGCGUCGACGGAGCCUCUUGUGCUGUUUGAAAGGUGGAAGCGGCUCCUGGGAGACAAAGAGGAUGCCAAGAAGAGCACUCUGGACAACCGACAAUGAUUAAAAUGCAUUAAAUGCAUUACAAUGUAAAACAAACCUGUCAAAGAAAUCAAUCAAUAUCUUCCACUUCCAGAAAGUGUAAAAACUUCUUCCUCAGCUGAUGAGACAAAGGAGAAAAUUAUGAGCUGAACCAUCCGGUGAAAAGCCGUACAGAUGUUUGGAUUGCAGCAGAAGCAUUACUCAGAACAGGUCUCUCGUGAUUUGUGGAAGGACCCAUACUGAAGAGAAACUCUACUAGUGCUCCCAUUGUGACACACGUUUUAGCAUGCACACCAAUCUGGCGAUACAAAAGAGGACUCACACAGGAGAGAAAUUAUAUGAGUGUCCAGCUUGUGGGAAAAGUUUCAGUCAGAAUUCCCACCUGGUGGAACACCAGAUGACUCACACAGGAGAGAAGCCAUAUGAGUGCCUGCAUUGUGGGAAAAGUUUUAGUCGGAAUUCCUUCCUGGUGGAACACCAGAGGACUCACACAGGAGAGAAACCAUAUGAGUGCCCAGAUUGUGAGAAAAGGUUCAGUCAGAAUUCCCACCUCGUGAGACACCGAAGGACUCACACAGGAGAAAAACCAUAUGAGUGUCCUGAAUGUGGAAAAAAGUUCAGUCGGAAUUUUGGCUUUGUGAUACAUUGGAGGACUCACACUGGGGAGAAACCAUAUGAGUGUCCAGAUUGUGGGAAAGAUUUCAGUGUCAGAUCGAACCUUAUAAAUCAUGUAAGAUUACACACAGGAGAGAAACCAUUCAAAUGCCCAGAUUGUAGGAAGUGUUUCACACAAAAUUCUUCUCUUACCGCACACAAGAAAUUCCAUAUGAAGCAAAAUUUGAUGUCUGAAGACAAAUCUGAAAGGGCACAAGUGGCGCACCAGAUGAAUCUCUGCAAACCCCUCCCCCAGCCAUCUUCUCAAGCAGGAGCUAUGAGUCCAAGAAGAGCCCCAGGUUGUGCACUAGCUCAGUUGACAAGGGAUCACAUGAGUCCAGGACAAACAACACCUUUAUCAGCUUUUAUGAUGCAGCACCUGGCUAAUCUUGUGAAGAUAAAACACAGAUUGCAGAUCACAGCUGAUUAUACAGAAAUAGAUCCAUCCCUCGAAAACCCAUACAAAUGUUUGGAGUGUGGGAAAAGCUUUACUCAGAAUAGGACUCCCAUAAUGCAGGAGGAGCAGCUCCACCAGUGUUCUCAAUGUGGCAAAAUAUUUAGCAGGCACACCAGUCUGGUGACACACAAGAGGACUCACACUGCACAGAAACGCUUUGAAUGUCUUGAUUGUCUGAAAAGCUUCACUCGGAAUUCUGACCUAGUGAGGCACCAGAGAACUCACACGGGAGAGAAACCAUAUGUGUGUUUGUAUUGCGGAAAAAGUUUCAGUCAGAAUUCCAACUUGGUGGUACACCAGAGAACUCACAUGGGAGAGAAACCGCAUCAGUCUUCAGAUUGUGGAAAGGACUUCAAUUGCAAUUCUGAUCCGGUGAUACACCAAAGGAUUCACACGGGUGAAAAGACAUAUGAGUGUUUGCAGUGUGGGAAAAGUUUCAAUCAAAAUUCCAAUCUUGUGCGACAUCAGAGGAUUCACACAGGAGAGAAACCAUUUAAGUGUCAAGAUUGUGGGAAAGGUUUCGGUUGGAAUUCUUUUCUCAUGGAACAUCAGAGGACUCACACAGGAGAGAAACCAUAUGAGUGUCCUGAUUGUGGGAAAGUUUUCUCUCGGAAAUCUAGCCUGGUGAAACAUCAGAAAUCUCACAUGGGCGAGAAACCAUAUGAGUGUCUGUUUUGUGGGAAAGGUUUCAUUUGGAAUUCUCUGCUGGUGGAACAUCAGAGGACUCACACAGGAGAGAAACCAUUUGAGUGUCCAGAUUGUGAGAAAAGUUUCGCUCGGAAAUCUGAGAUGGUGACACACAAGAGGACACACACGGAAGAGAAACCGUAUGAGUGUUCAGAUUGUGGAAAAUGUUUCAAAUGUAAUUCUGAUCUGGUGAUACACCAAAGGAUUCACAGAGGUGAAAAACCGUAUGAGUGUCUGCAGUGUGGGAAAAGUUUCGUUCAAAAUGCCCUCCUUGUACGACAUCAGAGGACUCACACAGGUGAGAAACCGUAUAAGUGUUCAGACUGUGGGAAAGGUUUUAGUUGCAAUUCUGACCUGGUGAAACAUCAAAGGACUCACACUCAAGAGAAACCAUAUAAAUGUCAUUGUGGGAAAAGUUUCAGUCAGAAUUCCAGUCUGGUGAUGCAUCAGAAAACUCACACAGGAGAAAAACCAUAUCUGUGUCCAAAUUGUGGGACAAGGUUCAAUCGGAACGCUGACUUGGUGAAACACUGGAGAACUCACACAGGAGAAAAAACGUAUGAAUGUCCAGAUUGUGGGAAAGAUUUCAGUACUACCUCUAGCCUUAUAAAUCAUGUAAUGUUACACAUAGGGGAGAAAGAUUUACUUGGAAUUCUGACCUGGUUAUACACCAGACAGAAACCAUAUGAGUGCCCGUAUUGUGACAAAAUGUUUAAUCAGAAUUCUGCAGUGGGGAUACACAAGAGAUCUCAUACAGAAGAAAAAUCAUAUGCGUGUCUAGAUUGUGGGGAAAAAUUCAGUCAGAAUUCGAAGCUGGUGAAACAUCAGAGGACUCACACAGGAGAGAAACCAUAUGAAUGUCUCUAUUGUGGGAAAAGUUUCAGUCAGAAUUGGAACCUGUUGGUACACCAGAGGAUUCACACAGGAGAAAAACCAUUUGAGUGUUUGGAUUGUGGGAAAAGUUUCAAUCACAAAUCCCACCUGGUGAAACACCAGACGACACACACAGGAGAGAAAUUCUUUUGUUCAGAUUGUGGGAAAGGUUUUAGUUGCAAUUCCGACCUGAUGGUACACCAGAGGACUCACACAGGAGAAAAACCGUAUGAGUGCCCGGAUUGUGGGAAAAGUUUCAGUCGGAAUUUCCACCUUGUGGAACACCAAAGGACUCACACAGGAGAGAAACCAUAUAAAUGCCCAGAUUGUGGGAAAAGUUUCAAGCGUAAUUGCAAGCUGGUGAUACACCAGAGGACUCACACCGGAGAAAAACCAUACAAGUGUCAGAAUUGUGGGAAGAGUUUCAACCAAAAUGCAAAGCUGGUGAUACACCAGAGGACUCAUACCGGAGAAAAACCAUUUGAGUGUCUGGAUUGUGGGAAAAGUUUCAGUGAGAAUUAUUACCUGAUGAUUCACCAACGGAAUCACACGGGACAGAAACCACACAAGUGUCCAGAUUGUGGGAAAAGUUUCAAUUGGAAUUCCGAACUUGUGGUGCACCAGAGAAUUCACACAGGAGAGAAACCAUAUAAGUGUCCUGAUUGCGGGAAAGGUUUCUAUCGAAACUCUGACUUGGUGACACACGAGAGGACACAUACAGGAGAAAAACCAUUUGAAUGUCCAGAUUGCAGAAAAAGGUUCAGUCACAGUUCCAGCCUAGUGAUACACAAGAGGACACAUACAGGAGAAAAACCGUAUGAGUGUCCAGAUUGCGGAAAAGAUUUCAGUUGUAGGUCUAGCCUUAUAAAUCAUGUAAGGUUACACAUAGGGGAGUAACCAUUCAAAUGCCCAGAUUGUGGACAGUGUUUUGCACAAAAUUCCUCCCUUAUCACAGAAGAAAUUCCACAUGAGUAUAAAUUUGAUCUGUUUAGAGGAAUCUUGAAUUAUGUUUCUUGUCUCAUACCGAAAGUCCAGCUGAGAAAUGGAUAAUUUCAUUUCUUGUGCGAUUCUUUUUAGUUAAGUAUAUCUUAUUAUUAAACAAAAGGGAGGAGAUCUGAGCUUCCUUAGUUUGGUGCAAUGCGGUCCUGCAGGUUCUUUCCUGGUGUCUCAAAGCCUGGUAGGCUGGUGGCAGUUCGAUAUGCCUGUUGAUGGAAUUGUUAUUGGAGAAUCAGGCUUCUUUUAGUAGGCGUCCUCCUUUAGUCCUAUCAUGGGCAGUAAUAAUAAAUGUAUGUAUGUAUUUUUACUUAGCAUGUAUAUGGCAGCCAAACGUAUGAUGACUCCACAUGGUUAAAAGUAAUAAAACCUUAAUACAGAAACUAAUCAACCCCAUCUAUAUAGCAAAUGACAAAA